CUCGACACCAACCACCAACUAGGCGCGUUGUUCCUGACUUGACGUUUGUGAUUGUUUACGUAACAGUAUAUGUUUAUCUUGGAAAGUGCGACGAUUCUAAUUGGAUGCUUGCUCGAGUAGAUUCGAGUAUUGUCAAACUGACGUUCAUUAAGAUUCAAAGAAGAAGCUCGUUUAAAGAGAUUCAGCGGUCUGUCUUGCCGGUACGCAGUAUAGGUUAGGAUCGACCGAUGUUGGAAGCUCUACUGGAAUAGAGAAUUGAGAAGAACCGUCCGAUAUUGGAAGCUCUAUAUUGGAAUAAAGAGUUUAAAACAAUUAUAAACGAGUCAGAAAAACCGAUGAUGAGAUGUAUAAAAUAUAAAAAUGGCAAGAUAUCACAUUUGAGCGAGAAAAAAGGUGUGGAAAGCGUGACAAUGACGACAAAUGGCAAGGCAAAUAAGAAGAAUGACAGCUCUCCCCGAGGCCACGAACAGUCAGGCUCCAGCCACAGCACGCCGAUUGCAAAGAACCCAAGCACGAACGCGGAUGCCGAAAACUCGCUGGAUCUCGAUUACUCCCCGAGCCUGAUCUUGCCUCCGUGCACGCAGGAAGGCGGUAACGAGGUUGCGUGGGAUUGGCAAAGUUCUCUGAGCAGGACUCCGGAGAACAGAAACAAGCGACAGAACGUUCAGUGCGAAACGCCUAAAGGAACCAAGCUGCUGCAAAGGAAGAGAAAUUCGAACUCGCCUCUGCUGUACAAGCCGCUCAAGAGAAAGACCAUCAAGAUGGAAAACAUGGAGAACAUUGGACAAUUUGCAGCUGAGCUGCAAGCUUUGAACGAGAAGAUGAGAGUUAUAAAGCAGAACGACAAGAGCGAUUGUAUCAAAGAGAAAGAAGCACCGACGUUAACGAAUGUAAGUAACGAGGAAAACACGUCAGAAAUUAAAGAUAAACAGAAUAGCAUCGGAGAAAGUGGCAACAAUAACGGGCAUAAUAGCGUUGGAGAGACGCAUGAUCGUAACGAAGCCAGCAAAAAGCAAGUGAAUGGAAGUUACGACGAUUUAUUUGAUGACUCUGUAGACGACGAUAUAAUCAGGUGCACUCAGGAGAUAGAGGAGAAAUUCAAUUUGAUGGACAAAGGAAGUUCUGUUUCCGUGCACUCGCAGGUGACGCAGGUCAAAAAGGAAGAAUUACACACGAAUGACGUACCCAGUAAAACAUCUGUACAGUCUGGUUCCAGUGAGAAUUGUACGAAACCAUUAGUCAGGAGUGUUUUAGGCGCAAGCGAUAGUAAUACAUUAAAGACAUACUCGAAAUUGUCAUUAAAACGAGAUACGAGCUCUAGUACGUGUGUCACAGCGCAGAAAAGUAAAGAUCCAUACAAACCGUGUCCAAAUAACAAUAAUACGAUAUCCCGUGUCCAGAAGCCGUGCGACAAUAAGAAACUGACAAAAAGUAACACCGCAGACUUGUUCGAUUUGGAGGAUGAUUCUUUUGACGAUUGGUUAGUGACCUGCGUUGAGGAUGAAAAAUCACUACCGAAAUCCGAUGGAUCCUUAACUCGUAAAGACGACAGCACGAAAUGCCAGGCCAAUUAUAAACGUUUGACUAACGCGCCGUUAAAGUCGGAAACGAAAUCUGCUGAUUCGCUUAAUCCUAUGGCAAAGCCUGAAACAUCUAACGUUAGCUUAUUAGAAAAUAGAAAGUUCUUUAAAACUAAGAGUUUAUCCGAUCAGUACGUUAGUCGGGACGCGAGUACGAAUGCUAAAGGUACAGGCGCUUCGUGUUACGCGACGAGACCUACGUUACAGCACUCGUCUAGAGGCUCAAUACCGCAUAUGGGUAUCGCGCGUACCCUCGUAAGUACAAAACCGAUUGUUACAAAUGUUCGUAAGAUCGAGAAUAAUGCUUUUUCAUUAAUGCAUGAUACGGGUCAAACGCGUGGGUCCGAUGUUAACAGGUACGCGGUAAAAAGCGAUGGUGAUCGCUUCGUUAAGCAUCAUUCUACCGGUAAUAUGAAAAACGAUACGCCGGAAAUGACGAAAACUGGUUCGCAGCCGGCACGGUGUACCGCGGAGGAAAUCGAAAGAAAGAGAUUGCAGGCCGUAGCGAAACUCGAGGCGAAAAGAAAAUUGUACUUCACGAAGAUUAAAAAUAACGUCAAUAGGUGAAAUCACAGAUGCCUUACACGUGUUAUACUUAUUACGAGAAAGUGAUAACUUUCUUGAUUAUAAUGUUGUAUCGUUAUAUCGACAAAACUCUCUGUGAUCGCCGUUAUCAUUGUCUUCAUUGUAAUCAUUGUUAUAUUGUAGAACGUUUUAUCAAUUUGCAAAUAUAUUUAUAAUUAUACAUACGUAAGUAUAAUCUGACUUUAUAAUCCGACAUUUAAAUCAUAUAUGUAUACAGACUUGUAUACGUAAAAGAACCUUGCCCAUUUUAUUAAAGGGUUUUGAGCCAUGAACACUUGACUUCUAUAUGCAUUUGUAGAGGAGGUAUAUGAUAGAAAUAAUAAUAACAUGGUUCCAAGCCUUGAAAACGUGGGGAAAGACUUUCUGGGGUGUGAAUUUCACAUAUUACCAUAUUAGCUAAAUGUAAUAUUAGCUAAAAACUUUACACUAUUUAAUUUAAAUAUUAUAAUAUCACUAAUUUUAUAUAAAAUAAAAUAUUUUAUAAUAUUGUUCAGACUUUCUUGUGCCAGGGCCGUGAUGACGGCGGUAACGAAUGAACUUAUUGGUUUAUUCGACUUUCAGGCUUGCGGCCGGUUUGUACUUUUUGGCCAAAAGGAAAAAAAUUCGAACGCAAGAAUCAAGCUGCCAUCAGAGUAUAUUGAAGAUAUUGAAGAUAUUUUAAUAUCAUUUUCUGACGGUUCUGACGGUGAAGGUAAUAAUAAAUAGGUAUUAAGAUAAUUAAAUCUCU